AUGGGAAAGGGGGUGGUAGCAAGGGCGGUGCUCGCGGUGGAACUGCCGGUCUUGGACGCCACCGCACUGGACGUGGCAGAGGAGGCGCUAGUGGUCCGUGACUUCACAGGCGAGUGGAACAGAGUCGUUGAUCGAGGGGGUGUAGAGCAGGCCAGGCAGGAAAGGUUUGUGGCCGAUACCGGCGCAACCAACCACAUGUUCCCGAGCGCUAACGCGUUCGAAAACUACCAUGAGUGCGAUCGACGUUUGAGUGUCGCCGCAGGGAAGCAAGCCUUCGCCAUAGUAGGCUACGGCGACGUGAGGGUGACCAUCGGUUCUCGCGUUGGGACCACAGACCUGCUGUUGAAACGGGUCGCUCAUGUGCCGGAGCUGAAUUACAACCUCGUGUCCCUCACAGCCCUUUUGAAGCAAACCAAGGGCCGCUUAGCCGCAGACGAGCGUGAGUUGGAGGUGUUCGUUGGUGGGGG